CAGGCAUGCAGAAUGGCCAUCAAGUAGCAGAGCAGCCGUACCAGUCCAGGACUCACAACGCGGAGCAGUUUGAAGAGCUUCUCGAUGCCGUACGGGAAGAGUUGACACCUUUCAUCCGUGCCGCAGACCAAUCGUCCUCAAACAAGCAUGCUCUCUCUUCUAGUCGUACCCUCGUGAACCCGUUACAACCUCGCGCCUUGACAGAGCAGCUGGAUUUGGAUUUACCGCAAGUAGGAACUGGCACUCCUGGACUUCUUCAAGCAAUACAAGAUGUGCUCCGAGGAAGUGUUAAUACUUGGGAUCAGGGGUUCAUGGACAAGCUAUAUGCCUCCACAAACCCAGUUGGUGUCAUCUCCGAGCUCGUUUUGGCAGUUUUAAACACCAAUGUACAUGUCUAUCACGUCUCUCCUGCCCUGACAUUGAUCGAGAAGAAGGUCAGCCGGGCUCUAGCGGAUCUCUUUGGCUUCAAUGGUCCUCAUGGUGGUGGUAUCUCUCAACCGGGUGGUUCAGCGUCAAACAUGUCAUCCAUCAUCGUGGCUCGUAACACUCUGUUUCCCCAUACGAAGAAACGAGGUUUGGUGGGCUUGAAACCAGUCCUCUUUACUUCUGCCCAUGGACAUUAUUCACUAGAGAAAGCCGCCCAAAUCAUGGGAUUUGGAAGUGAUGCUUGUCGAUCGGUGUCAUGUGAUGAAGAUGGUCGAAUGAUUCCUUCCGAGUUACGUCGUCAGAUCAAGCAAGCGAUACAACAGGACGAAGCACCUUUUUAUGUGAACGCGACAGCCGGUACCACCGUACUGGGAAGUUUUGACCCUUUGGAAGCCAUAGCCGAUAUUUGUGAGGAAUUUCAUCUGUGGAUGCACGUCGAUGGAAGUUGGGGAGGGAGCGUCGUUUUCAACUCUUCCAUUGGACAAGGUAGACUGGACGGAAUUCAUCGUGCCAACAGCAUCACCAUCAGUCCACACAAGAUGCUCGGUGUCCCGAUAACAUGCUCUUUCUUGCUUGGCAGAGAUAUGCGACAGUUUCAUCGAGCCAUGACGCUUCCCGCAGCUUAUCUCUUCCACGAAGACGCCAACGAAGAUGGUAAAAUAUACGAUUUGGCAGAUCUGACACCGCAAUGUGGACGCAAAGGAGAUGCUCUCAAAGUAUACCUUUCAUGGACGUUCUACGGAGCUCAAGGAUACUCGGACAGGAUUGCAAGAGCAUACGCCCGGGCAGAUGACUUUGUCACUCAGUUGGAGAAAUCCCCGAAUACAUACUUGGUGUCUCGAAGACCGCUGCCCUGUUUGCAGGUAUGCUUUUACUAUACCCCGGGAAGACUCCUCUCUGAUAACGUCACCAAUAGCCGGCGUACCGAGGACAUGGUGAGAAGGCUGCUACACAGAGGCUUUAUGAUUGACUUUGCGUCUGGCAAAAAUGGCAAGUUCAUCAGAGUCGUGAUCAACGGGGAUACAUUGCCCGGCACGGUCGAGGCUCUGCUCGAGUGCAUCGAGGAGGAAGGUAACAGGUUAUUAGAUCAAGAGAUGCAUCAGGGACUCGUUUUAUAA